ACCACACUUUUGACAUAUUCUGUUUCUAUCUCUUUUGCUCCCGCUCAGUGUUCAAGAUGAGUACGAAAAUCAUCAAAGCGAGCGCUGUCGAGCCUGAUGGCUUCGAGACCUCGAUCUCGCAGGCGUUGGUCGAGUUGGAAACCAACUCCGACCUGAAGGCUCAACUCAGGGAGUUGUACAUUACAAAAGCUAAAGAAAUUGAACUGCACAACAAAAAAUCAAUCAUCAUCUAUGUGCCGAUGCCCAAAUUGAAGGCAUUCCAGAAGAUUCAAAUCAGACUGGUCCGUGAACUUGAAAAGAAAUUCAGUGGCAAGCAUGUUGUGUUCAUUGGUGACCGCAAAAUUCUGCCCAAACCAAGCCACAAAACGCGCGUCGCUAACAAACAAAAGAGGCCCAGAUCAAGGACACUGACAUCUGUAUAUGAUGCUAUUCUUGAGGACCUUGUGUUCCCCGCUGAGAUCGUCGGCAAGAGGAUCCGAGUCAAGCUCGAUGGCUCACAGCUCAUCAAAGUGCACCUUGAUAAAAAUCAGCAAACCACUAUUGAACACAAGGUGGACACCUUCCAGUCAGUAUACAAGAAGUUGACGGGGCGCGAAGUCACUUUCGAAUUCCCCGAACCCUACUUGUAAACUUAGACUAUGACUUUACAAUAAAACUAAAACUAUAAA